AUGUCCAAAAGGGAGGAAGAGUACGGUUUCUCCGGGCCUGGGCUGAGAAAGGGAUAUGAGUUGCUUCCCCAGCUUCUCUGUCGUCCGAAGCCGAAGCCCGAGGAGGGUCAUGAUGACUCGCUACUCAAGCAGAGCCUGUCAAAGAUCCCCCAGCCCGUCAAGCAUCUCCAGCCCUACGACCCGGCCAUCAAACGAGACAGAGGCAACAUCGACAUCAAAUCACAAAUCAGCAAUCCCACGGCUGAUCCACCAGCUAGUGUUCAGCAAACGACAAGCUGGACUUUUGUCCCCGACGACAUCAGCUCUGAUCUCAUGAAGCUCUUUCAGACCCUCGAGACUCAAAGGAAUACAGUCCGAUUCUCAACCGUCAACAGCCGCAUUGCUCCGAGUCGGCCGCGUCGAUCGGACGCGUCGGCCCUCGUGCCGCAAUCAGGCCCUGACAACUUGAGCCCAGGCUCGUACGACGACGACCAGGUCAGAGUCGCAAGAUACUGGGAGCUCGAGUGCAAGGCCGUCACGGCGGAGCCUCCGAGUGCAUCCCCGGCGGGACUCCGAGAGCGGCGAAUCCUCUUUCGGGGUUACAGGACGGCGACAGCGAGGAGGCUCGAGGAGGCGCUGAGGAGCCCGCCGGCGAAGGCAGGAGGGAGGGCGGGAGGAGAUGGUCCGACGUCGCACAAGAGCAAGUUUGAGGUGAAUGAGUCAGACGGUACAGGCGGGGGAGUAUGCAAGGCCGUGUGCCCUGAGAGGCCUGCAUGGAGCCUCGGAGUCGCUUCCUCCCAGCAGACCAGACCCCCAGCGCAACUCUGCCUCUAUUGGAGAGGGCUUGAGGUUUGA